UCCAAGUAGGAUCUGUCUUAGGAAAUAACAGCGGAAAACAAGCAAACAACAACAACAAAAAAAAGGACGCUAAUAGCAAAUUCUUCAGUUUUGGUUGGGGUGGACUACUUCACUUUCUCAGAGGCAGAAUAAAAGGAUUUGGUUACUAUGUACAGAUCAGAGAUGAAUUGCUGGAAACUGUUUGGCUGCAUCAGCAACUAGCCACAAGAAAACAAGUCAAGAAAAACAAAACUGUUGACUCCAUCACUGACUGGCUCAGAGAGCAUCAGCAGUGGAGAGCUAUGACAAUAAAGCAAGCCCUGUUACUUCUGCUGCUCUGGAUGUGGCUGCCGCAUCCCUGCUGUACAGAAAUGGUGUUCAGAAGGACUCCUGAUCUCAGACCCAAAAGCUUUGUGGGACGUGCAUCAGGGAGUGAUGGAAAAGCGCUUCACCGCCAGAAGCGAGGCUGGAUGUGGAACCAGUUUUUCCUUUUAGAGGAGUACACAGGAUCUGAUUAUCAGUAUGUAGGAAAGCUUCAUUCUGACCAGGACAAGGGAGAUGGAUCCCUCAAAUACAUUUUGUCAGGAGAUGGGGCUGGUACUCUUUUUAUUAUUGAUGAGAAAACUGGUGACAUUCAUGCCACUCGGAGAAUUGACAGGGAAGAGAAAGCCUUUUACACCCUGCGUGCCCAAGCUAUAAAUAGAAGAACUCUGAGACCAGUGGAACCUGAAUCCGAGUUUGUCAUUAAAAUCCAUGACAUCAAUGACAAUGAACCAACGUUUCUGGAAGAAAUUUAUACUGCGAGUGUUCCUGAAAUGUCAGUAGUGGGUACUUCUGUGGUGCAAGUCACAGCCACUGAUGCCGAUGACCCUUCAUAUGGAAACAGUGCCAGAGUCAUUUACAGCAUACUUCAAGGACAGCCAUAUUUCUCCGUGGAACCAGAAACAGGCAUCAUCAGGACUGCUUUGCCAAACAUGAACAGAGAGAACAGGGAGCAGUACCAAGUAGUUAUCCAGGCAAAAGACAUGGGAGGCCAGAUGGGUGGAUUAUCAGGGACCACCACCGUGAACAUCACAUUGACGGAUGUCAACGACAAUCCACCUCGAUUCCCCCAGAAUACGAUCCACCUCCGCAUUCCCGAAUCCUCCCCGGUUGGGACUGCCAUCGGCAGCGUCAAGGCCACAGACGCAGACACUGGGAAAAAUGCAGAAGUAGAAUACAGAAUUAUAGAUGGCGACGGGACAGAUAUGUUUGAUAUUGUGACGCAGAAGGACACGCAGGAAGGCAUCAUAACUGUGCGAAAGCCACUGGACUAUGAGAUGAGAAGACUUUACACAUUGAAAGUAGAAGCUGAGAAUACUCAUGUGGAUCCACGAUUCUAUUACCUUGGGCCUUUUAAAGAUACAACUAUUGUGAAAAUCUCAGUAGAAGAUGUAGAUGAACCUCCUGUCUUCAGCAGAUCAUCUUACCUUUUUGAGGUGCAUGAAGAUAUUGAGUUGGGGACAAUAAUAGGAACAGUAAUGGCACGGGACCCUGAUUCGGCUUCAGGUCCUAUAAGAUUUUCUCUGGAUCGUCACACUGACCUUGACAGGAUAUUCAAUAUUCAUUCUGGAAAUGGAUCCAUCUAUACUUCCAAACCACUUGACCGUGAGAUAUCACAAUGGCAUAACCUUAGUGUUAUAGCAGCUGAGAUCAACAACCCCAAAGAUACUACUCGUGUUCCUGUCUAUGUGAGAAUUUUGGAUGUCAAUGACAAUGCCCCGCAGUUUGCUGUAUUCUAUGAUACCUUUGUGUGUGAAAAUGCAAGAGCUGGACAGCUUAUCCAGACUAUAAGUGCAGUAGACAAAGAUGACCCUCUUGGUGGACAAAAAUUUUUCUUCAGUUUAGCUGCUGUUAACCCAAAUUUCACUGUUCAGGAUAAUGAAGAUAACACUGCCAGAAUUUUGACAAGAAGGAAUGGCUUUAGUCGACAUGAAAUAAGUACGUACCUUCUACCCGUGGUGAUAUCAGACAACGACUACCCGAUCCAGAGCAGCACGGGCACGCUGACCAUUCGCGUGUGUGCCUGUGACAGCCGGGGCAACAUGCAGUCCUGCAAUGCUGAGGCCCUGCUUCUCCCUGCUGGCCUGAGCACAGGGGCGCUGAUUGCCAUCCUCCUCUGCAUCGUUAUCCUGCUAGUCAUAGUGGUGCUGUUUGCUGCUUUGAAGAGGCAACGCAAGAAGGAGCCUUUGAUCUUGUCUAAAGAGGACAUCAGAGACAACAUUGUGAGUUAUAACGACGAAGGCGGUGGAGAGGAAGACACCCAAGCCUUUGAUAUCGGCACACUGAGGAAUCCUGCAGCUAUCGAAGAUAAGAAGCUUCGGCGAGAUAUUAUCCCUGAAACGUUAUUUGUACCGCGGAGGACUCCUUCAGCACCAGACAACACAGACGUCCGAGAUUUCAUUAAUCAAAGGCUAAAAGAGCAUGACACUGACCCUUCUGCGCCGCCGUACGACUCGCUCGCAACCUACGCCUACGAAGGCAACGAUUCUAUAGCUGAAUCCUUGAGCUCACUGGAGUCGGGUACCACUGAAGGGGACCAAAACUAUGAUUACCUCCGAGAGUGGGGCCCGCGGUUUAACAAGCUCGCCGAAAUGUAUGGCGGAGGAGAAAGCGACAAAGACGCUUCUUAACCUGCAGUAGGCUACAUUUUGGUUCCUUUGAGUGGAAGUAAUUUUACAGACACCUUCUGCACUCAACAGUAUUUAACAUUCAGGAAAAUCUUCCUGCCACUCAGCACAAUGGUUUCCUUUUAAAAAUUGUUUUUGGUUUGUCCAUUAAUGUCAUUCAUUCUUUCUAGUAGGAUGCUCACAUGGAAUAUAUACAGCAUUUUAUUUAAUCACCUUCCAAGAGCCAAAGCUAUGGAAAUUCAGUGUUGUCCAUUUUAGUAAGCAAAACAAACAAUACCUUACCUUCAGAAAUUUGAACAGGGUGAUACUCCCUUAAGCAACCUCAUGUACAAGCCGCUUCUGUUAGGUACAUGUCCUGCCCUUGCAAGUGCCACUUUUAAGAAGGCAAAGAAGAAAAAACCCAGUAUGUCCUGUUCUGUACAUGAAAAUUCAAACAAAAUAUACAUGUGGUGUUAAUAAGUGUAAUAUGCAGCUGGUUUAAAAAAAAAAGUUUGCGCAACUUCAUUUCAUCAAAUUCUAUCUAUCUGCCAAUGUUUUAUAUUUAUAUUUUUGUAUUUAUUUUUAAGAAAUAAACCAGUUUUUACAACUAUGUUGAUGCUUGCCUGCCUGUUGUGGCCAUCAAUCCCAGGCUUGAAGAGAGCAUGACAUUUCUCCAAUGAGAGCACAGCCAGCUGCUAAUACUUUUAUGCAGCAGUAUACCGCAUGCAUUUAACACAUUCUGAAGUGCCUGUGCUCACAGGGAGAGGAUUAACUUAUACAUCUAUUUGCUUGCUCAAAAGUGCUACUUCCCACAGUCAUCUUGUUUGACAGAGAAUUUGUUCUAUUUUUGAGCUGACCUAAUGAUACGUUAUUCUAGAAAGACAAAUUACUAUUUUGUCUUUACCUGAACUACGUAAUUCAGAAAACAUGCUGGUACAACUAAUCCAUCAGAACAUGAGGAAUUAAUUUCAAAAAGUGAGAUUAUUUGUUCCACAGCCUUCUGUUUGGAAUCUUUAUUGCAUCAUUAUAUGUAAUCUGUAACUACACUGGGCAAAGUGUAAAAAGAUGUUUAAAAAAAUCAUUUUUAAGUAUAAUCCUUUUCCAAAGGCAAAUCCGUUGGUGAUAAACUAUCAUGUGUUAGAUUGUAACUGUUUAAGGGCAGCAUAUUCUCCUUUAAAGCAGCCGGGCUAAAGGCUGACAAAGCCGAGUGUCUGUUAAACUACACCAUCCCUCACCCAAUUUACUGAGUUUUCUGAGGCCCUGGAAAAGUCUAGUAAAAAAAAAAGCUGAUUGAUAAACUAGCCAACUGUAACAGAAAUCACGCUCUAGCAAUCACAAAACAAAGUAGGUAUCGCAAGACAUUUUGAGAUGUGCGUUUCUUCCCACAAUUUUUAGAUUACACAAAUCUAUUUUGUAAACAAGCACUCUGAGGUUUGCAACAUUUCUGAGAUGAAAUAAAUAAUUUUGGAGGAAAAGCAAGAUGUAAUGGGGUCUGCAUUUACUUAUUUCCCAUGGAAGAAACCUAUCUGAAGGAUAAUCCCUCCUUCUGCAUCUCCCGUAACUUCUUACUGGCAUAAAAUCAACAGAUAUUGAAAAUAUAUUAGUCCUUUGAAAAGUGAAAUGCUGCAUUCUUAUUGCAUCAGACAUUUCUCCUCCUUAAUGGGAUGAUUAAACCCAGUGAAGCUGAAAGCUAACUAGAGUGGCAUUAUGCAAGUUACUUUGGUGCAAUGGAGAGCACAUUUUUAUGGACUUGAUAUCAGGUUAAAAUAUUUGAUCCAUUAAGAAACUUUGAAAAUUAUGGAUUUUUCCUCAUUGCAUUCAAUAAUACUUUUAUUAACUAAAGAAUUUUGCUAUCUCCUAAUAGAAAAUAAUUCAGAGAAUAUUAAGAAACAUCUUAGAUAAUCAGCAUUAUAAAGUUAUGCAAAAGUGUUACAGGCCAUACAGUUUCUCUUUUUAUGACUAUUUGGUGAAAUGGAUCUACUUUUUUCUUCCUUCCCAGUCCCCUAAGAGUACAGUUGAACCAUCAAACUGUCGCAAUACUGUAACCACACUACUGAUAGUUUUUACAGUAUUUUUUAAUGGACAAAACAUGCAGAAUUAUACCGAGAACAAAAGAGAGAGAAGAAACUAAAUCAAUAUAACUUUAUCCAUAAGUGACACACACAACUGAAUAUAUUCCAGGUGCAAAAGAUUCUCUGUUUUUACUGGGAGGCUGGGGGGGAGGGGGGGGGGAACACAAUAGUAAGAAAAAGCAAGCAAAAAUUCUUGUGUUAAAUACACAAAUGCAAGGCUAGGUUCCAAUACUGCUUUCUGUCUGUACCAGUAUUGAUAUCAGUGAUUCCCCACAUAUUUAACUGAGUAUGAAGUAGGACAGAAGAUGAAACAGAAUAUAAUACAGCUGUUUGAUACCCCUUUGCUACACAAAGAUUUUGCUUAAACACAUCCAGCCAACACUCCUGCAUAAUUCAGCAAGAAUCCCAAUGUUUUGUUUGCAGAAGUACAAAAAAUACACAUUUCUCCCCAAUUUUUUAAGCACAUCAGCAAAUAUCAAAUAAGACUGUAUUCUUUUUAUUUGCAUUACAGUACUUAUUUCUGAAGUUUAAGUCUGUGGAAAUGUUUCUUUAUCUCUAUGUUCAAGGAAGUUAUUUUAUAAUAGUUGAGAAGAAUCUGAAGCAAAUAUUGCAAAUUUAAUCCUGUAUGUAUUAUUAAAUAAAAUAGUGCUACACAUAAUAUAUAAGAAUACAUAAAUACUACUGAAAUUACCAUAUAAUAGUAUAAAUGACAGUACCUUU